AUGACUUCGUUGAAAGGAUGGAAAGUGCUGACUGAAGGUGGAGGCUCAGUCAUGGAUGCUGUGGUACAAGGAUGCCAAGAAGCAGAAAUGGACACGUCCAUCCCUUCUGUUGGAUAUGGAAAUCAUCCUGAUGAAAGCAGUGAAGUGACACUGGAUGCAAUGGUUUUUGAUGGGGAGAGUCAUGCCAUAGGAGCAGUGGCCAACUUGAGAAGAAUCAAGUCUGCAAUAGCAGUAGCUAGAGCAGUGUUGGAACAUACAGAUCACACCAUGCUUGUUGGGGAAUCUGCAACUGCAUUUGCUAAAGCCAUGGGCUUUCAAGAAGAAAGUCUUGCGACUGAUCUCUCAAAUGAGAUAUGGCAGGAAUGGCGCAAUAAUUCCUGUCAGCCAAAUUAUUGGAAGAAUGUGGCACCUAAUCCAAGAGCUUUCUGUGGCCCAUAUGUACCUCUGAAACAAGAGAUUACCUGUGACCCAUCAACCAAGAUGGUCAAUGAAGGAAAUCAUGACACAAUUGGAAUGAUUGCCAUCGAUCAAAAUGGACAUAUCGCAGCUGGGACAUCUACUAAUGGACUACAAUUCAAAAUUCCUGGCCGUGUUGGUGAUACAGCCAUACCAGGUGCUGGUGCAUAUGUGGAUAAGAAUGUUGGAGCAGCUGUAGGAACUGGAGAUGGUGAUAUCAUGAUGCGUUUCCUUCCCAGCCUUAUAGCAGUGGAGAAGAUGCGAGAAGGUCUCACCCCUGCAUUAGCAGCCAAAGAGGCACUGGAUCGGAUUGCACAAAUUUAUCCAAAUGCAAGCAUGGGUAUUGUAGCAGCAACAAGACAGGGAGAGUUUGGUGCUGCAUGUCACAACUUUGAAGAUUUCUCAAUAUCUUUGGUCAAUCCAGCUGUUGGGAAUGUACUAGUUAUACCUGUUCCAUGUGAGGCUAACUCAUGAAGAAGCCAUCAUAUAAUGAAUAAAUUACAGC